AUGUAUGAUCAUAUCGGUCCGCUACUGCGCUAUGCGCCUGAUCUGGUAGUCGCUUUUUGGAUAAACGGCACGACCAAUGCAGAACUGUACAAAAUUCGAUUUCUUUUUUUGCCUGAAAUGGAGGUGGAAGAGUGCGGUGCCCCUGUAGCUCAUACGUCAGUGGAAGCAGUGGCAAGAAACAAGUCGACAUUAUCAAUGAGCGCCAAGCGAUUGCGUCAGCGUUUCCACUUUCCUCAAAGUCAGCGACUCAACAGCGAAGGUAGCGAGAGUUCAUCACAAGCGAUUACUCCACCAGAACCAGCUCGUUCAUUUACAUUUACUGAGCAGCGAAACAAAGGCAAAGCAGCAGACAACUUUUCUGAGCAGCUUCUCGAGGCCAUGCAUAAUGGCGAUGUGUUUGCAAUGGAAAGUAUUAUUGGCAAGCGUAUGUCGGAUAAACAGUUUAAUCGAUCUGCUACUGGUGCUGGAUUUGCAAAUAAACGGGUGAUUCCUCUGAUAAAUCAUACACCAUUGGAACUGGCCGUCCGAAAUCAGUGUCCGGAAAUGAUUUUUCUUUUGAAAUCGUGUGGUGCCGAUGUCAAUAUUGUGGAUCGUCAAGGAAAUUCCAUUCUGAUGCUUGCACUGCGAGAAAAUCCGUUGAACUGGAAUUGCAUAUUGGCUCUUUUAUCGUCCGGAGCCCAGUAG